CACAGUGACGUGGCCCUUAGGAGACCUACAGCUGACGCGUAGAUUAGUGUCUCCUCCUAGUUGCAGUCUGGUAGUCGUUUGUGGCUGUGUGCUGGCUCGCUAUUGCCUUGAAGGCUGGCGAGCCUGUAGCCCAGGGAAGGAGGAAGUUGUACAAGCUGAACCUGAUCCGUAGCAGCACAUCACAGGGCAGAAAAUGAAGUCGUGAUACAUUAUGGAGGAGAAAGAGGAAGUGGUAACAUUUGAUUAGCGGAGUCCAAAAUCAACAACAAAGCUGGUGCCUCUGAUACUGAUCAACUAAUCAGUCCUGGCCAUUGUCGCAUUUCUGUCUGCUGGUCUUCAGGUGCCCUGGUGCAGCAGAUUUCAAGGCUAAAAGAGGAAGACUGCUUUUGAUCCCUGCAGGAAAAGUAAGCAAGAAAAAAAAAAAUCUCAACAUGGAAAGUGUCCCCCAGGAAAGCAAAGGAGAAGAUCAGGCUCCAGUGCAGAAUGAAGAAGAAGCUCACCCUUUGGGAGGUGGUGAAGGCCAGGAGCCUAGAGGAAAUAUUAGAGCGGGUUGGGCCCCACCUGCCCACGAUGGUAGAGAGGACAUGCCCAAUAGGCUGGUCUAUAACCUUCACAUGAUAGACGGAGAUGCAGAUGAUAUGGAACGGUUCAUGGAGGAGAUGAGAGAAUUAAGGAGGAAAAUUAGGGAACUUCAGCUGAGGUACAGUUUGCGCAUAUUUACAGGAGAUCCCCCUCACCAUGACCAUCAUGAUGAGUUUUGCCUUAUGCCUUGAGUGCUAAGGUUAAUAAUAAUAACCCCCCUGCUUCCCAAAGUUGUAUUUUCUUGAUGUACCCUUUACUGUGAACCUGUGGUGUUCUGUCAUUUUUCUGAUUAGAUAUUUCAUUUUGACUUAGUCUGCAAGUUUUUCUGUCAGCAGGGGAGUUUCAUCAACUUGCAUGAAAAGAUGUUUAUUACAUACUGUGAAGGUAAUAAAGCAGUUAAAAAGCAAUCUAUAGAUAUACUAUCU